AUGCGCCUGGUCAAGCAGAAUAUCAAUGACGACGGUAGCGGGAGUGUCACACUAUGUCCCGAAGAACCUGAAGACAUGUGGCAUGCUUACAACCUCAUUCGACCUACAGACCUCCUCACUGCCUCUGCCAUCCGUCGAGUAACCACCGAGUCGGCGUCCACGGGCUCUACCUCGUCUCAACGAGUACACACGAAUCUCACAAUACGGGUGAAAACCUUGGAUUUCGACCCGCAGGCUGGACAACUGCAUGUUUCAGGUCAGAUUGCCCGGGAGAACAGGUACACAAAGAUAGGGCAAUUCCACACUCUCGACCUAGAACUACAACGCAAUUUCACUCUCGAAAAGGUUGUCGAAGGCGACGAUGGCUCGGGGGGGUGGGAUAGCGUCGCACGCGCACAACUGGAAGAGGCUAUAGACCCUACAAGGGGCACCGAAGCAGUUGCAGUCGUCAUGCAGGAAGGCCUGGCCAACAUUUGCUUCAUCACACAAUUCCAGACUGUGUUGAGGCAGAGAGUUGAAGUCUCGGUCCCGCGGAAGCGGACAGGAGCUGGAAGAUCCGCCGAUCACGACAAAGGCUUGACCAAAUUCUACAUUACCGUGCUGGACACGCUGCUGAGACAGCUUCAAGGACUGAUGGAACACAAAGACAGCAGCGUGAGUUUCCCAAUCUUGCUCGCGAGUCCCGGAUUCACGGCUGCGGGCUUUCUGAAACAAGUCGGCGAAACCGCAGUGACGAGGGGUGACAAAAUGCUACAAGACUUGGUGAGGCGGAACGCUUUCGUUGUCGUCCACAGUAGCUCCGGCCACCUUCACAGUCUCAACGAGGUCCUCAAAAGCCCAGAGGUGCUGGUGAGAUUGAAGGAUACGAAAUAUGCUCGCGAGACUGCAUUGAUGGAUGAGUUCUAUGCUCUCCUACGCAAGGACGAUGGGCGAGCAUGGUAUGGGCCGACAGAGGUCGAGACAUGCGUGGAAAAAGGGGCAGUUGGUCGCGGCGGAGGAGUGCUUUUGAUUAGCAACGCCUUGUUUCGAAGCCAGGAUGUGGCCACGAGACGAAGAUGGGUUAGACUUGUCGAUCGAGUGAGAGAGGUGGAGGGCGGAGAAGUCAGAGUCCUCAGUAGCGACCAUGAGAGCGGGAGACGGCUGGAGGGGCUGGGAGGCAUUGCCGCCAUCCUGACAUUUCCUAUUGAAGACAUAGGAUCGGAGGACGAGGGCUCUGAACAGCCCGAGCGUGGUAGUGAAGCAUCAUGA